AUGACCGAUAUAGUGCCGGGUCCGAAUAUCAUUGGCAAAGAUAUUAACAUUUGUCUAAGGCCUCUCAUUGAUGAAUUGAAGAUAUUGUGGAAUACGGGAAUUGAAACAUAUGAUCAAUCUUCGAAACAAAAUUUUACAAUGAGAGCGACUCUUAUGUGGACAAUUAGUGAUUAUCCCGCUAUGAGUAUGAUAAGUGGAUGGUCGGGUAAAGGAAAAUUAGGAUGUCAAGUGUGUCUUGGAAGUGUGCAAGGGUUUCAAUUAAAACAUUGUGGUAAAUGUAGUUUCAAUGGCACGAACCGAAUAUUCCUUGAACCAAAUGAUCCACUACGUCGGAAAAGUAAUUUGUUUGAUAAUGCGGAAAGAAGAUUGUUUCGUGGUCGUUUGUCCGGGGAGGGUGUAAAGGAGUUGCUUGACGGUUUAGUUUUUCCACCACCCGGAAAGACUAAUACAAAGGCGAGGAGUAUCGGAUAUGGGGAAGAGCAUCAUUGGACUCAUGUUCCAAUUUUUUAUGAACUCCCUUAUUGGUCUUCACAUAGUUUACGAUAUUCAAUUGAUAUCAUGCAUACGGAAACAAAUGUUUUUGAGAACCUAUUUUUUACUAUUGUGAAUGCGAAAAAGUCAAAGGAUCACAAAAAAGCAAGAGCGGAUUGCAAGCACUUUGGUGUGUUACCUCAUUUGUGGAUCGAUGAAAAUGGCAAGUCACCCAAAGCACCUUUUUCCAUUACAAGAAAACAACGUAAACUUUUGUGUGAAUGGAUUAGUUCACUGAAACUUCCAGACGGUUAUUCCUCAAAUAUAUCUCGUUGUUGUAAUGUUGAGGAGUGUACAUUUUAUGGAUUCAAAUCGCAUGAUUGUCAUAUAUUUCUUCAAAAAUUAUUGCCUCUUGCAAUUCGUGAGCUUUUACCGGCGCCUAUAGCGGAUGCCAUCACGGCAAUUGCAAAUUUUUUUCAAGAUUUGUGCUCAUCAAUGGUUACAAAAACCGAUUUGGAAAUAAUGGAAAAAUCAGUUGUGAAGGCAUUGUGUUUGUUGGAAACAAUUUUUCCUCAAAGUUGGUUUGAUUCGAUGGAACACUUGGUUGUGCAUUUGGCGGAAGAAAUUAGACUUGCUGGACCUGCUUACUGGCAUUGGAUGUAUCCAAUUGAGCGUUUAUUGGGGAAACUAAAACAAAAGGUCGGCAAUAAAGCAAGAGUUGAGGGUUCCAUUGCCGAACGAUAUAUGGAGGAGGAGAUUGUCAAUAUUUGUGCUUUUUACUUUGCAUCCGACUCGAUUCACAAUAAAUUAAGUCGUAACGAAGUUUUGUUUGAUGUACAAAAGACCGACAAAUUAGAAGUUUUUAAAUAUCCAUGUGAAUCUCUUGGAAAAGAACGAAGUCGAUAUUUAUAUGAUGAUGAGCAAUCAUUAGCUGAUGAAUAUGUUCUUCUAAACUCUCCUGAAGUUCAACCUUAUCUAAGGAGGUACCAAGAUCGAGUUAUGAGACAAUGUCCUCAGACAACGCCUCAACAAUUAGUGUAA